AGGCUCGUGGGACUCGAGUUCUCAGGUUGUAACGGUUUGUUAAGCACCCGUAAGCUUAACGGAAGUAGUGUAGCUCGAGAGAGUCUCUCGGGAGGCUGGAUUAGCCACAAGUUGUGGUGAACCAGGGUAAAUCUUGGUGUGCUCCCUUUACGCUUUCUACGCUCUUUAUCUUUCACGUUCUUAAUUUUUUAUUCCUGCGUUUGUCACUUAUUCUAACAAUUGGUAUCAGAGCCCCCCCCCUUUAGCGUUUGUCACUUAUUCUAACAAUUGGUAUCAGAGCCUAACUCGCGUCCAAACUUAACCGUUUGUGAGUAAAGCGAUCAUGGGUUC